GUAAGUUAAUAUAAUUGUUAUUUAAUUUUAUUUUUGGUGUGCGUUCUUGAGAUUCUUCACUGGAGAGCCCAAAAGCGCUUUUGAAGAUCCAACAAUGCCACGCACACCUUGUCAGCUUUCAUACCAGAAUUAGGGCUUUUUCUCUUUAUCUUUUUUCCUUUCUCAGCUCUUCACCCCUAAAAUUCCCUCUAAUUUACCCCUUAGCCAUUCCUCUACUAUCCACCAUUUACCAAUUUCAGAGCCUUUGGAUUUUGAUUUGGGGUUUGAAGUGUCUACUUCGGUCGGAUCAGAGCUCGGAUUGGGGAUGAUUCAGGGUUUGAGGGGUUAGCCAUAGCAGUUUGAGUUGUUGACUUUUUUUUUAAUAGAGUCAGAUACUUAAUUGGAAAAGCUAGCCAGCAAUUGAGGGGGGCUUUCCUUAUUUAGAUUUGCAAGUUUUUGCAUUGAGAGGAUUGAUUGGGGAACUAGUGAGAUUGAAGUGAUUUUGCUUUAAAGGUUGUUGAUUUGGGAUAAAGGGGUUUGAUUGAAAGAAUUUUGAGGCUUUUUUGUUUAGGUGGGUUGUGUUUUUUAUUUGCUGGCCCUGCAUGUUGAAGUUUUAAGGGGUCCUCUGCUGUGUCUGUGGAGGAUCCCUGUUGAGAAAGAAGCCCCUUUUGUUUCUUAAGUAGAGAAAGAUGGGUUUUGAAGUGGAUUAUGAAGAAGAUAUUGGAAAAUCUUUGUUGGAUUAGUUUCUUGUGAUUGGAAUUGGGUUUUUGUGGUGGAUACACAAGUGGGUGGUUUGAAUUUUGCAUUUUGAGUACAUAACUUGGUGGGAAAUGUUUGUUUCUGGUCCAAAUACAGGACAUGAGAGUGGUGGUGGUGGAGUUUCCGGAUCGGUUUUAAUCCCGACUCUGUUCAUGUGGCGUUACGGUGGAAGAAGUGUUCUACUUUGUGGUUCUUUUACGAGGUGGGCAGACAAUAUACCUCUUUCUCCAGUCGAAGGAAGUUCAACUCUCUUUCAAGUUGUUUGGAAUUUAACUCCGGGAUACCAUCAGUAUAAAUUUAAUGUCGAUGGAGAGUGGCGGCAUGAUGAGAACGAGCCUAUUGCGAAUUCGGAUUAUGGCAUCGUGAACACUAUCACGGUAUCUACAGAGUCAGACAUGGCUCUGACAGGUGCUUCUUCUGAAGCACCUGGUAGUAUGGAUGUAGAUAAUGAAUUCUUCAUGCCUGUGAUACCAAGUUUAUCAAAGGAUGAUGUAGAGGUCUCUCGGUACCGUAUUUUUAUGUUCUUGACUACAAAUACUGCUUACAACUUGCUUCCUGAGUCGGGCAAGGUCGUUGCAUUGGAUAUUAAUCUACCAGUAAAGCAGGCAUUUCACAUUCUAUAUGAGCAGGGCAUUCCUGUGGCUCCUCUCUGGGAUUUCUCCAAGGGUCAGUUCGUUGCUGUUCUUACUGCAUUGGACUUCAUCCUCAUUCUGAGAGAGCUCCGGAGACAUGGACCAAAUUUGGCUGAGGAAGAGCUUGAAACUCAUACUAUAGCAGCUUGGAAAGAAAGAAAAGCUAGCCUCUCUAUACCAACUCAAGUCAAUGGGGAAUCUUGUACUCGGAAUCUUAUCCAAGCUGGGCCAUAUGACUCUCUCAAAGAAGUUGCUUUGAAAAUUUUGAAUUAUAACGUGGCCACAGUUCCCAUUGUCCAACCUUCUUCACAAGACGGUUCAUUUCCCCAACUGCUACAUCUUGCUUCCUUGUCUGGAAUACUAAAAUGUAUAUGUAGGCAUUUUAGACAUGCUUCCAGCUCCUUGCCCAUUCUUCAACAGCCAAUUUGUGCUAUUCCUGUGGGCACCUGGGUUCCAAAAAUUGGAGAGCCAAGUGGACGACCUUUUGCAAUGUUGAAACUCAAUGCCUCUCUGAGUGAUGCCCUAUCUUUAUUGGUUCAAGCUGAAGUCAGUUCAGUACCCAUAGUUGAUGACAAUAAUUCAUUGCUCGAUAUUUAUUCACGGAGUGAUAUCACUGCUUUGGCUAAAGAUAGAACUUAUGCACAGAUUAGCCUUGAUGAAAUGAGUAUCCAGCAGGCAUUGCAACUGGGACAAGAUGUGAAUUCUCCUCGUGGCUUCUUCAAUGGGCAGAGAUGUCAGAUGUGUUUGCGGUCUGAUACCCUGCAUAAAGUAAUGGAGCGGCUGGCGAACCCUGGCGUUAGGAGACUUGUGAUUGUAGAGGCGGGAAGCAAGCGCGUCGAAGGAAUCAUUUCAUUGAGUGAUGUGUUCAGGUUCUUGCUAGGGGUAAAAGCUUAAAAUAUGUAGAUCAUAAUUUUCUUUGAGGUUUUUUAUGGUAGUAGCAUUGGACAAAUUGAUCAGCUUCGUUGGCAAAAUUAUUUUUAAGUUAUUCACUUCUUCUGCAUUUCGAAUGCCUCAUUUGAUCAUCCCACUACUCUGUAUUGGACGGUCUUGUUUCUAAAAGCAUACACCUUUCUAGAAUAGAAAUUUACCCCCCAAAAAAAAUUGUAAAUUGUGAAGACUGGUUUUUUAUUUUUAUUUUUUUCGUUUCACGACCAAAUUAAUAUCAAAACCAUCUUGGUGCA